ACUACCAUCUCUAGCAUCUCUUUAUUUACGUAGUAUGGAUUGUUUGAGGUAUGUGGAUAAUGAAUCCUAUAAUGGACAGCUAAUUGGCGGUUUCUUCCGCUUAGAAACUCUCGUGAUUGAUUGUUUACCGAAUUUAGAAAGGUUGUCCAGAGAGGAAAGAAGCGACAUAUUCCCACGCGUAUCCUAUUUGAGUAUUGCUGGAUGCCCUAAAUUGGUCUCCUUACCCAGUCUUCCGUCAAUCGAGGAGUUACGUACAGGUAGAUGCGAUAAAUUGACCUCCUUACCCAGUCUUCCGUCAAUCGAGGUGUUAGGUAUAGGCGUAUGCAAUGAGACAGUGAUAGAAUCAGUUUCGAAUCUCUAUACUCUAACAUCACUUUAUAUAUCUAGUAAUGAUGAUUUUGGUGCUUCCUUUCCCAAUGGGUUCCUACAUAAUCUCACCGCUUGCAAAUCACUUGAGAUUUCAGGAUUCACAAAGCUUCAGUAUUUGCCAUCUGACAUGCUUAUUGACCUAACCGCUUUGGAAGAAAUAUCUAUCUCUCGUUCCGAUAUGCUUGAGUGCUUUCCUACGGCAAUAUUUCAAGGCUUAGUUAGCCUUAAAAAUAUGCAAAUUGUGAAUUGUACGAAGUUAAAAAGUUUGUCAGAUAGUUUUGGAGACCUUACUGCCCUUGAAUCAUUGAAACUCCAAGGUUUUCCAGAGUUGGAAACUUUCCCAAAUGGUCUUAACAAUCUUUCUUCCCUCCAAUAUCUGACGCUAUCAGGAUCCAAGUUGGCAGCUUUGCCUGAGAACUUAAAGCAUCUUCCCUCACUCAAAGAUCUGGAAAUUUCUGGGUUUCCAAGUCUUGAAAAGUUGCCUGACUGGCUUGGAGACUUGACAUCUCUUGAAUCAUUAGAUGUUGACGAUUGUCCCAACUUGGAAUAUCUACCCAAAUGUAUCCAACACCUUACCAACUUACAAAGCUUGAUAAUUGAAGAUUGCCCUAAAUUAACGAAACGAUGUAGAAGGGGAAUCGGAGAGGACUGGCACAAGAUAGCCCACAUUCCACGUAUCUUUGUGGUGCCUGCUAGCUGGUGACCAACCCAUACAAGAAGAUGCUGCAAAUUGUUUGUUCAACGUAGAGGAAAAUAAAAUAGUGGAUAUGUCAGUCACCAGCUACCUCGGCAGCCCCUUCACUGCAGGAAAACUGGUAACAAAGCUCCUCAUGACCACUGGUGGUGCUGAAUCUGCGUUUCAGAAGGCCGAGGAUUUGAUGCUUCCAUGGUCAAUGACGAAGUUGGUGAAGUGGAUCAGAAAUUUCAAGUUUGGUUUUGCAGAUCCUGAGUAAGAAGUUUGUAGUCAGUAGUACUAGAUCAUCCAUUAUGAAGAAAGUUAGUAGAAAUUUCAUGAUAUGGAUUUCGUACUGUAAAUACUUUUUAGUAUUUGUAUUCAGUUAUAUAUUUUACCAUUUGCGUUGUUCUCCUAGCCUGAAGGUGUGAGACUAUGACAUGUGUCCACAAUUAGUUAGACAUAUUUGCAAAUUGUGGCUUUGCCUUUUCAACUUUUGUGUUUAAAUUGAUGUUUAAAGUUCAUAUAUAUGUAAUCUUGUUUCUGGAGUUUUGCAUUAUGUCAUUAUUAAUUGGUUGGAGCACCAAAUUAUUUUCUCAACUUUCUUCUCUGGAUUUCAAUUUGCUAUUGUGGCAAUAUAGUUGAAGCUGUCUUUAAUGUCAUGCUUGAGAAUCUCAACUCCUUUAUCCAAAAAGAGUUUGGUUUGCUAUGGGGUGUCAAUAUGGAGAUGCAGAAGCUCUCAAACAUCCUCUCAACGAUCUGCGCUGUGGUUGAAGAGACAGAGGAGAGAUAAUGAAGAGACAGGGCAAUCGAGAGUUGGCUUCAAAAGCUUAAAGAUGUGGCAGAUAAAUUGGAUGAUGACAUUUUGGUUGAGUAUUAAUCAAUUAAGGCAUCACUACUGGUGUAUAAGAGGCAGAGGUUUGGCACAAGAUAGACCACAUUCCUCAUGUCAAUAUGUGGCCUCCAAACGAUGAGCAACCUAUAAAAGAAGAAGUUUUAAGUAUUUAAAAAAAGUUUGUAUGGUUUCUUUCGAAUUUGGUUCUUUUUUUCAAGUGGAAUAUUAUAUACAUUAUAGGCACUACAUUUUAGAGCAUUUUUAUCAAUAUAUCAAAUCUUGACAGGUUGAAUUAAUGAACAAACGAAGUCAUAUCAGGGCGUCUGUUGGCCUUCAUUUACAGGUUGGUUACUUCUAUGCUUCUUCCAUCAUUCUUACCAUAUUAACACACGCAGUCAAAUCACCUGUUUCACUAAAAUGCUAACACUAAAGUAUUUCUUAUUUUUUAACAAUAUAUGUGAAUAUUUGUUACAGU